UCGCUUUAAAAUGAAUUAAAAUUCAUCGCGCUAAGUGUAACAUAAUGGAUUGUGUGAACAAAUAUGUAACUUGUGACAGAUCCACCGUAUCUUGCACGUGAAGUGAUAUUUGAGAUAAAUUAUUUUAUAUAUGCGAGAGUCAAUGUGAAGAAAUACAUAGCGCCGGUCGACGUUUGUGUGCUAAAUACCACGUACAGAAAUAUAUUCAAACGUGAUUUCAAUAACCAAGAAAUAAAAAAAUAUAAUACAACAAAUGUCCUAGUUUUUAUUCAUAGAGAAUUUUAAAGGACAGCGUACUGAAUAGUGAAUAUUAAAGAGUAUCGCUAGUUAACAUUUAUGAUACUUUUUAGUUUGCAAGAAUUAAAGUUAAUCUAAAUUUAUUUAAUAUAAAGUUAUGCCAACAUUUAUCGAAAAAAAAGAAGUGAAAAGUUCAAAUAACGCCGAGUUUAAUGCUGCUGUUUACUGUGAUAAAAUCGGAUAACAUAACCCAAUUUUAUGUACUCGUUCACCUUGAGACAACUUUGCAUCACUGAUAACUAUUGUGAGAAACAAUAAAAUUGUGUUUUAAGUGUAAAAAGCAAUAACAUGAAAAAUGUGAAAUUGAUAAAGUGUCUGUGAAAUUGAUGAAGUGAAAUUGAUAGUGACUGAGUCCAGUACCGGCAAAGCAAAAUAGCAAUCACUAAAACCUAAUCUAGUGAUCAGCAUUUUCGGAAUAUCAAAUACACAAGUACAAUAUUAUCCGCAGAGGGCAAUCAAGGGAUAUCGUUCAUCACGUAGGUGAUUAGAUAAAGGAAUUUGGACCAGAUAAUGUUGAUCGAUUAUUGAUUAAUUACAAGGAUAUAAGGGUUGGUGGACGUAGCCUCGCGAGGUCAGUUUUCCGUUACUCCUGCGCCCGCGCAGUGCUGUGUUUAAAGCGAUAUGAUGCGGUCGCAACUGUGGAUUGCGGUGUACGCCAUUUUACUUGCAGGUGUCUCCUCCUCCGGAAAUACUAUACAAGCACCACUACCCAUACAUACGUCGCUAAAGGUGGGACAUCGUUUAAUCGCGAAGAUUCUCACAUUUAAUGAUACGGUCAGAAAAUGCUAUUUGGUGUCUCCGAGUGGGUCGAAAGUUGAGUUUAAGCCCAAUGAUGAAUCUAAUGCCAAGAUCGUGAUACUAUCAGACACAGACACGUCGCAAUGUCGCGCUUCUAUCACUAUAGACGAAAAUGCCGGCGGCCUGUGGACGCUAAAAUCGGAAGCUGAUGGCGGGAGAGAACGAAUCCAGAUUUACAAUGUGACGGUUACAUCUGAAACAGAUUCGGAGUCUAACCCAUAUGUCGAAUAUUUAGAUAACAAGUUUAUAAACACCACGUUUGGUUCAGUGGCCACAAUAGCUUUACCAGAUUACGCGUAUGGUGACACUGUGAGGUGCCAAAUCGUAAAGCCCGAUGGAAAUAUGUACAAUGUUCAGGAAUUAGACGACAAUCAUGAUGAAUUCAUCUCAAAAGUGCCAUCCACAAACUGUGCUGUUCUUGUGAAUGUGACAUCUGAAAAAGUUAUUGGAAAAUGGAUGUUAAUUUCUGAGGGAUUUGAAUUAUCAGGAAGAUUUAUAAGGAAAUUACCCUUUGAAAUUUCCAUCGAAGAAUCCGUGGAUGCUGGUGUAGGUGUAAUGAAUGUAAAGGAAGGGAAUACUAUGUUUAUAGCUUUGAGGAACAAUUUAAGUGGACACCAUGUAGAGACUUGCAGACUACUAGGACCGCAUGGGAUUCCACCAGCACAUUACAACAGACUAAAUAACAUAUGUGGUUUUAGAGUCGGAAAUGUAACGACAAAUGACAGUGGCUAUUGGGAAAUCUAUUAUGGAGAUACAAUAAAAUAUAGAGCCUUCAUCGAAGUUAUUGUUCACGGUGCUCCUUCUACAGAUCAGAUUAACCUUUACUGGACUAAAGAUAAACCAGUUGAUGUAACUAUCGGACCGGAGAACGCAAUUUACUGCCGAGUUAAGAAUCCAGCAGGCUUUGAAGUAUAUAAUGGUUUUAGGAGAUGUACGAUUACUCUUGACAGGGUCAUCAAGUCCCAACAUGAAGGUUUAUGGAAGCUGGACGUUGGGUUGCCCGGACAAGUGCUUACACAUAGCUACAACGUUAAAGUUGAGGUUAAAGACGCAGCUCGAAAACCGCACGUGUCCACCUGGGUAUCUGUCCGAGAUAUGUCGAAGAAGACAGUCACAUUGUCCUGUUUCUUGGCCAGUCCUCACCCGAUACGCUCCUGCAAGUUCCGUGAUCCAUCGGGUCGAAUACUAAUUGCCACUGAAGGAGUAGGCGAGAGCAGAUACAUCAGCUGGCAGGGCACUGGAGUCAACUAUACGGCUGGUGUUCACCAGCAUGACUGCAAUAUUCGAAUUAUGGACUCUACCGUCAGUGACAUUGGCAUAUGGCGAUGUGCAAUCGAAACAGAGGGCGACAAUUACUACGGAUUCCUCACCGUCAAGGGUUCCUGGAUUAGAGACCCUGAAAUCAUCGCUGCUAUCACACUAAAGCCAACCCUGAGUGCUGAUAGAAGCUUCAUCACCAGUUCGAUCCAAGACAGCGUGACUAUGACAUGCUCCAUACAGGCGCCAAUCCGGUACUGCUACUUCCGCUCUAGAAAUGGCACUCUAUUUAAUGUUGCACCAUCGGGACCUCACGAUUUGGCUACUUAUGUGGGAGCCGGUCUUGACGCUGGGGAAUGCGGCAUCAGGUUCCCGAGCCUCGCCACGUCUGACUCCGGUUACUGGAGUUGUCACGUCGGCCUUGUUGACCCGGAGGCAAAGGAACAACGUGCUAGAAUUGAGGUUGCUAUUUAUGAUGUCAUGGUGGUGAGUCAACAAAUGCGCGACAACAAACUGACUUUAGAAGCUCAAGUUUACAAUGAAAGACCCCUGGAAUAUUGCAGAUUUGUCCGCAUCGACGGUUUUGGCUUCACCAGUACGAACGUCCCGGAAACGAUCAGCAACUCGUCGAAUCUCUCAACGGGUUUAUGCGCCAUAUCUAUUAGGAACCCGACGAGUCUUGAGCAGCAUCCUUGGGCCAUCGUGGCGAGAAUCAAGGGACAGGAAACUGAAGUGACGCGCUUCACAGACAUCGCUUUCCCCGUUCCAAGCCCCCCGGGUAAUGGAGGUACUGUACAAUUUCGUAUCCCAGGAGCAUGGAUAAUCGUAAUGUCCAUAGGGAUGUGCAUGAUUCUACUCGCCAGUUUCAUCGGGCCUAAGAAGAACAGGGAGUGGACGUACGCGCGUGCCAGCUCCAUUAGAAACAGCUUCAUGAAGAAGAAGGUGAUACAAAACGCCAACGACACAAGCAACAACACCGCAGUGGCUGCUUAGUAUAAUUUAUAUUGUAAUAUUUGAAGAUUUAAUUCCGGCAACUAGUUUUUUAAAGGAUCAAAGACGCUGCUGACCCCAUUUAACAAACUAGCUCUCGGGCAUAAUAACUUUAACCGUAAACAUACAACACAUUCUAUUAAGCAUGGAAUACUAACAGUCUAACCAAAGAAAACAAUGAGUAAAGACGAUUUCGAUGCCGAUUCAGUUUUUUGUCUAACCCCCUGGGAAAAUGGUGAGCGCUGUCUUAUCUGUGAUCACUAAACUUGUCGAAAGUUCAAGUAUGGUGCUUUGCAUUUCAAUAAUGAUACCUAGCUAAGAAAGACCUACAUACGAAAAGUUAAGAGCCAGCAAAGCCUUUCUUAAGCCAAACAUGCAUGAAUAUUUUCGUUUUGCCUAUAUUAAAUCUUGAAGUAUACAAAAAAAAACUGGGUUAUAGAAAAUAUGAGAGUUGUACUUAAUGAACAUAAUAAAUUGUAACAUAGUUAUUUUUAUGUAUAUUGUAUCUAUAAGUAUACAUUGUUUGUAAAUUUCCGAGAGAUAUGCUUAAUACUUAUGAAGAAUACGUCGUUUUUAUUAUUACUAUUACAAUAUUU